GAUCAAGAAGGGAGCGCAGAACACCAUUACCCUCCUUCAACAACAAAUGCCAUUCUCACCGCCUGUGUCACCGACUGAAACGAAAGGCCCGUCCAACCAGGCGAUCAAACGCGACUCCGGCGUAAGUCUCCUUGGUACCCCACCUCUCACUCCCGCCACCAGUUCUUUCGCUACGAACACGCCGUCAGAGGUGGACGACAGCUACUUCCCCUCCCUUGAGAUCCCGCUCAUUCACGACGGCCCGAUGUGCCCUUCCCUCGACGGCGACUAUUUCGAACGCUGCAAAGCCUGGUCAUGCUCUACAAGCGGAGAAGACAAACCGGUCUGGUGGAAGUCCACCACCACUACCAACGCAUCCCUUCAUGCCAAUGACGUCGAACUCGACAUGCACUACCCCCAACUGUACCGCAAACAAAAUCAAAUUUGGACUAUGGCGACAGAAUGGGAAGAGUGCGAUGGACUCGAAAGCGACCGGACCAGGACGAAUACGCCGAUGUUGCAUCCGGUGUUUUCGCGUGGAAGGAGGAAUUCUGAGAGCGAUGCGUUGAGGAGGUGCUCAGAGGUGUUGAUGACGUUCUGAGUGGGGAGGCGAGGGAGAAUGAUGCUCAUACCUCCGCUCGGCCCGAUACUGGGCUGAGCAGAAGAAAUGCACUGCCUGCUCGCGCCGCAAUGCCAAACAUGGCCUCGAGACGGCCGUGUAAUGGUAUCGCGCAGAAUCGUACGGCCAGUCACGAGCACCCAGGUGAUCGCUACUCGCGAUAAAGCCUGAACACGUGGAGUAAGGCGAGCUUCUGGCCUGAUAGACAGAGGACCUCGGUGUCCCGAUGUACACGCUUGAGAAUAGGGGAUCACUCCGCCA